AUGGGCACACCAUUGGAGUUGCUGAUUGGUUGCUGCUCUGAGAUUUUUUCUUCGCCCCUUCCAUUAGGCUCGUGGUGGGUCCCUCAGUCUGAAAAGUUGGUACAGCUGGCUGAAUUGCAUCACCCAACUUUUAUUUUUGGGGAGCAAUCCCAUAAACCGCUCUUGUUUUACAGUCUUGUCGCCUUUGAUCGUGGCGAAGGUUCCAAUGUCCCAAUAGAUAAUCGAUCAUCCAGGAAGUGUUUUCUAUGUCCGUUGAUCCCAGCGAAAGGAAAGAAAGAAAUAAAGGUCACGGAUUUGAUGAACUUUUGCUUAGACUUCAAGUACAUGUAG